CUCUCCCCUCCACCCCUCUCCCCUCCACCCCCCUCUCCCCCUCCCCUCUCCCCUCCACCCCCUCUCCCCUCCACCCUCUCUCUCCCUCCCCUCUCCCCUCCACCCCCUCUCCCCUCCACCCUCUCUCCCCUCCCCUCUCCCCCUCCCCUCUCCCCCUCCCCUCCCCCCCCUCCCCUCCCCUCCACCCCCUCCCCUCCACCCCUCUCUCCCCCUCCACCCCCUCCUCCCCUCCACCCCCUCUCCCCUCCACCCCUCUCCCCUCCCCCCCCCUCCCCUCCACCCUCUCCCCUCUCCUCUCCCCUCUCCCCUCCACCCCCUCUCCCCUCCACCCUCCCCCCUCCUCCCUCCACCCCUCUCACCUCCCUCUCCCCUCCACCCCCUCCCCCUCCCUCUCCACCCUCCACCCUCUCUCUCCCCUCCCCUCCACCCCUCUCCCCUCCACCCCCUCCCCCCCUCUCCCUCCACCCCCUCUCCCCCUCCCCUCCACCCCUCUCCCCUCCACCCCCCUCCCCUCCACCCCUCUCCCCUCCACCCUCUCCACCCCUCUCCCCUCCUCCCCCUUCCCCUCCACCCCUCUCCACCCCUCCCCCCCCCCUCUCCCUCCACCCUCUCUCCCCUCCACCCCCCCUCUCCCCUCCACCCCUCUCCCCUCCACCCUCUCCCACCCCCUCUCCUCCACCCUCUCUCCCACCUCCCUCCUCCUCCUCUCCCCUCCACCCCCUCUCUCCCCUCCCCUCCCCCUCCACCUCCCUCUCCCCUCCUCCCCUCCACCCACCUCUCCCUCCCCCUCUCCCUCCACCCCCUCUCCCUCCACCCUCCUCUCCACCCCUCCCCUCCACCCCCUCUCCCCUCCACCCUCUCUCUCCCUCCACCCCCUCUCCCCCUCCCCUCUCCCCCUCUCCCCUCCACCCUCCUCUCCCUCCCCUCCCCUCCACCUCUCUCUCCCCCUCCUCCCCCCCUCUCCCUCCACCCUCUCUCCCUCCCCCCCUCUCCCCUCCACCCCCUCCCCUCCCCUCCCACCCUCUCUCCCCCCCCCCUCUCCCCCCACCCUCUCUCUCCCUCCCCUCUCCCUCUCCACCCCCUCUCCCUCCACCCCUCUCCCCCUCCCCUCCCCUCUCCCCUCUCCCCUCCACCCCCCCCUCCCCUCCACCCCCUCUCCCCUCCACCCUCUCUCCCUCCACCCUCUCCCCUCCACCCCUCUCCCCUCCACCCUCUCUCCCUCCCCCCCCUCUCCCUCCCCCCCCCCCUCCUCCCCCUCUCUCCCCUCCACCCCCCUCCCCUCCACCCCCUCCACCCCUCUCCCCUCCCUCCCCUCCACCCCUCUCCCCUCCACCCUCCUCUCCCUCCCCUCCCUUCUUCAUCCUCCAGUGUGGCGAGGGACAAGAGAAGAGGAGGCUUAGGGUUCGAGCGGCGUCCUCGUCAUGUGACAGUUUGUCAACAGCACCAGUUCAUUCCCAGGGACUCCGAGACAGCAGCACCAGUUUGUUCCCAGGGGCUCCUGGACAGCAGCACCAGUUCAUUCCCAGGGGCUCCUGGACAGCAGCACCAGUUCAUUCCCAGGGGCUCCUGGACAGCAGCACCAGUUUGUUCCCAGGGGCUCCUGGACAGCAGCACCAGUUUGAUCCCAGGGGGCUCCAGGACAGCAGCACCAGUUUGUUCCCAGGGGGCUCCAGGACAGCAGCACCAGUUCGUUCCCAAGGGGGCUCCUGGACAGCAGCACCAGUUUGUUCCCAGGGGCUCCUGGACAGCAGCACCAGUUUGAUCCCAGGGGCUCCAGGACAGCAGCACCAGUUUGUUCCCAGGGGCUCCAGGACAGCAGCACCAGUUCGUUCCCCAGGGGCUCCAGGACAGCAGCACCAGUUCGUUCCCAGGGGCUCCGGGACAGCAGCACCAGUUCGUUCCCAGGGGCUCCUGGACAGCAGCACCAGUUUGUUCCCAGGGAGCUCCAGGACAGCAGCACCAGUUCGUUCCCAGGGGCUCCAGGACAGCAGCACCAGUUCGUUCCCAGGGGCUCCAGGACAGCAGUACCAGUUCAUUCCCAGGGGCUCCUGGACAGCAGCACCAGUUCGUUCCCAGGGGCUCCUGGACAGCAGCACCAGUUUGUUCCCAGGGGCUCCUGGACAGCAGCACCAGUUUGAUCCCAGGGGCUCCAGGACAGCAGCACCAGUUUGUUCCCAGGGGGCUCCAGGACAGCAGCACCAGUUCAUUCCCCAGGGGCUCCAGGACAGCAGCACCAGUUCGUUCCCAGGGGGCUCCGGGACAGCAGCACCAGUUCGUUCCCAGGGGCUCCUGGACAGCAGCACCAGUUUGUUCCCAGGGAGCUCCAGGACAGCAGCACCAGUUCGUUCCCAGGGGGCUCCAGGACAGCAGCACCAGUUCAUUCCCAGGGGCUCCUGGACAGCAGCACCAGUUUGUUCCCAGGGGCUCCUGGACAGCAGCACCAGUUUGAUCCCAGGGGGCUCCAGGACAGCAGCACCAGUUUGUUCCCAGGGGGCUCCAGGACAGCAGCACCAGUUCGUUCCCCAGGGGCUCCAGGACAGCAGCACCAGUUCGUUCCCAGGGGCUCCAGGACAGCAGCACCAGUUCGUUCCCAGGGGGCUCCAGGACAGCAGCACCAGUUUGUUCCCAGGGGGCUCCGGGACAGCAGCACCAGUUCGUUCCCAGGGGGCUCCAGGACAGCAGCACCAGUUCGUUCCCAGGGGCUCCAGGACAGCAGCACCAGUUUGUUCCCAGGGGGCUCCGGGACAGCAGCACCAGUUCGUUCCCAGGGGGCUCCGGGACAGCAGCACCAGUUCGUGCCCAGGGGGCUCCGGGACAGCAGCACCAGUUCGUUCCCAGGGGGCUCCGGGACAGCAGCACCAGUUCGUUCCCAGGGGGCUCCGGGACAGCAGCACCAGUUCGUUCCCAGGGGGCUCCUGGACAGCAGCACCAGUUCGUUCCCAGGGGGCUCCGGGACAGCAGCACCAGUUCGUUCCCAGGGGGCUCCAGGACAGCAGCACCAGUUCGUUCCCAGGGGGCUCCGGGACAGCAGAACCAGUUCGUUCCCAGGGGGCUCCAGGACAGCAGCACCAGUUCGUUCCCAGGGGGCUCCGGGACAGCAGCACCAGUUCGUUCCCAGGGGGCUCCGGGACAGCAGCACCAGUUCGUUCCCAGGGAGCUCCAGGACAGCAGCACCAGUUCGUUCCCAGGGGGCUCCAGGACAGCAGCACCAGUUCGUUCCCAGGGGGCUCCGGGACAGCAGCACCAGCUGCCCAUGUCACACGGUUGAUCCUUGCACGGUAA